CCCCUAGGUGAUAAUAUAAUCUCAAUAACCAAGCACUUCAACUGAUAAUAAUUCUAAACCAUGAAUAUUCGUAAUGCGCAUCGUGUGAAACACCUUAAAACCAUAAAGCAAAAUAAAAAUUUAAAAACCUCAAAAACGACGCAGGUGGCCAGACACUCUUGAAGUCAUAAACAAACGGCUGACAGCUGUUUGAAUAAGUUUGAAGGUGACAAAAACCAAGCGUAAAAUUUUCACAAAACCCAUUGUAUGUUCAUAAAAUAAUAUCUCAAAGUGUAGAAUAUGGACGUUUACAAUCAUUAGAAAGUGUACUCAGUACAGUGUACUUUAAAUAAUGAGUGUGUAUUUUGUUUCUGAGCUUUUGUUGUAAUUGUUCAAAAUGUAUACUCUCAAGGGUAUAUUUCCAGAACCAAAAAAGGAGCAGAAAAAAAACUUCAUAAGGGAAAAUAUGAAACAGCUUAAAUAUAUUCAGGGCAAGUCGCCCAAAGAGUCACAACAAGGUCUGUCGAGCGUCCCUCCGCGGGUCUCUAGGCAGCCAGCCGUAGCCCUCAGCAAGGUGAAGUCCUCACCCUCCAGCAAGAGCGGCAAAGCUACCCUCUCAAUUGGGAAAUCCAUAGGCAUCUCUCGGAAGAAAUUCACCGAUGUCCGAAUAAAGAAAGGUGAUAUGGCUGAGUUCUUAGAGAGAAAAGAGAGACGUGCCAAGCAAGUUAAGGAAGAAGAGACUGAGGAAGAGGAUGUCAAAUCGACAGAUUCAUCUGGAUGCCUGAAAGAUAUAGGCUGUCAGACUAUCGAGUCUACUUUAGCCCAACAACUAACCGAAUGCACUAAACUUACAAUGAUAUAUCCUAAGAAAGAGGAUGAGGAAGCUAAGUUGAAAGCGAGCGGGGAUUCUGGCCUCCAUAAUAGAGUGACAACACCUAAGGGACGUAAGGGUAGUGAUGAGAUGAAUAUUGAUUCGGAACGGAACCGCAGUAGGCUAAAUGCAAUCUUGGAACGGAAGGAUAAAGAUAAUAAGGAUCCUUAUCUACCAUCAGGCUACCAGCGCGGCGUGGUGCCCGCGUACCUGCGCUCGCGCCGGGAGGGUGCGGGGGCGGGUGCGGGUGCGGGGGCGGGGGCGGGUGCGGGGGCGGGGGCGGGUGCGGGGGCGGGGGCGGGGGCGGGCGCGGCGGGGGUCGAGUCCGGCGACGAGUGCCCGCCCGGCCACGUGGCGCUGCCCGACCAGGAGCGCAAGGAGACCCUGCGCAUGCUUAGGAAUAGUUUUGCAGAGCUAGUAAGCGAACUAAAUAAGAUGCCCGUGAAAACCGACACCCUCCGCAUGCGGAACCGCAAGAUGGAGCUCGAGAAACAGCUCACCAAGCUCGAGGAGGGCAUCAAGGUGUUCUCGAGACCCAAGGUCUUCGUUAAGAUCGGGGAAUAGUUACAGUGUUUACCUGCGUAGGGUUCCGUCGCCUGAAUGGUGGUAAUGGUCUACGGUCUUCACAUUGGAUGAGAAUUCGCACGUCGCCAUCGCUAGACUAGGACCAAAGAUACAUUGAUUGAGUAAGAUGCUCAAAAUCUAAGACAAUUUCGUGCUUCAAAUUUGUAAACGAGAUGGCGCUGUACAGCUCCAUACAUUUCGCGGUAUAUGGUAUUUGACUAGUCAAAUCAGUUUCUUUUUUCGAACUGUCAAAACGAUUUUACUACUAUGAAAUUUAUAUGAAACACUAGCAUGUGACGUCACAAUCAAAUUACCUACUCUUUAUAGUUUUAUAGUGGUGAUAAAAUAGAAAUUGUGUCUCAAAAUUACUGCUGUCUACGUUUCUCUAUUAAUCUUUUGGUGCUUUAUUUCAUGCAUGGUGUAAAAUAAUUUAUUAUACAGUAAACUAAUGUGGUAGUGUGCAGUGAAUGGAGAAUUAAUUUUGAAGCGCGUUUAACCACCAUCUUGGAGUCAACGGCCGGUAGUCCACGUGCUUCUUGUAAAGUCUAGCUAUCGAUUUACAAGAGCUAAUAAAUCACCGUACACUGUCUUGUACAACCGUACAAUUUUUGUCGUUUUUAAACCUAUUAAUACCUUGAUACUGGCGAAAUAGUCCCACUGGGCUGAAGCCAUAAUUUUAAAAGAAGAAGAAGACAAACUAAGGGGAACGUUUCUUCUUAGACUAACUCUAUCACAAUCAAUUCUUUGCUAGGACCAAGCUAACUCUGCAUGGCAUUUACAAUGAAAAGUGUGGCAAUAUCAUCAUUCAUGUCAAAUUUCUAUGAAAGUAUAACGUUUAUAUUUAAACUCACCGGGUAAAGGUACCUUAUUACGCCGCUCCAAUAUUAUUGCGGCGUUAUGCGACGUAAGCGCCAGCCGCCACAAAGGUACCUUUUGCCGUGGAACGUCACAUUUCAUUGUUCGGUAUGGCUUCUCUAUAGUACCAAUGAGGAUAUAAUAAGAUAGAGCGGUACUGUCAUAGUAAAUUUUGUAACCACUGUAAAUUCACUGCCAUCUUUCGACACACUUUAAAACUAAAAAUGAAGAUUUAAAAAAUACGUUAAAAUGUAUUUAAAUAUGGAUAAAUUAUUUUUUUAUUUGCAUUAAUUAUUUUUAUAUGAUUUUGACCCAUGUUCUUUCACUGGUAUGCGUUAAAAUUAUAAAUAGCAAACGAAACAGUCAACGCCCUAUAGAGGGCUCGUAUAGACGAGAGUAAGCCAAAACUAGUGGCGCCAUCUGAUCGAGAAUCAAAUUUUCGUGAUUUUCGAGGCACGUUUUUUCCUUAUACUGUAUCCAUCUAUUACGGAGUUAUAUCUAUCUUUGAUAGUACCUAACAAUAUCUCAAUGCACCGGAGCGACGUGCGAAUUCGCAUCAGUAUGAUAACCGCGUUAUCUAGGUGCACCAAGAAUUUAUCAGAAAUUCAGAGACUGAAUCUCUAUGGUUACUUGUCUUGUAUUGUCACUUGUCUUUUUGUAUGGAAAAUACACUGUUCAUGGGAUAUCAGGCCGGAUUUUUUUAUUUGGAUAUAAUUUGGAGAACUCAUUCUGGGCAAAUUGUAUGGAGGAUUUUUUGAGAAAUACGGUGAAUUAGCGCUUAUAUUUUACAGAACAGGGAACUAUCAACAAAAUUUUAUCUUAACCUUUUCGAUGCUGUGUCAAACACAAAAGCUGUCAUCCAGACGCCACGCCACGCUCUCUGUUGCUCUGUGGUCUAUGACCGAUUAAUCGGUCUUUGGCGUUGAACCUACGACGCGUAUAUAUCGGUCAUUGGCGUCCAAAAGGUUAAUCUGACAAAAAAAAAUCGACAACAAAAUGGGAGCUCCGUGAUUCAACUUUUUGAAUUUCUGAUCAAUUCAUGGUGCGUGGUUCUGUCACUGUCUGUCUGUCCGUCCAAUUUACUACUUAUUUGUAUACCUAUGAUGCUGAGUAAGGGAUUCCACCUGUCAAAUAUUUGAUCAAAUUUGGAUUUGCGUCUCAGACUUUGCUUAAUGAGAGACGCAGUGAACAUUUGAUCAAAUGUGUCGUUCUCGAGUAAAGGUACCACAAUGACGCUCUGACAGGUUUUUCCGUAUAGAGGUGCAAGCAAAUUUCACCCUUAUGGUAAGCGACAAUGUGGUGCCUUUGACUUGAGAACGACACAAAUAUUGGACAGAUGGAAUACCACCCUAAAGGACUCCGAAAUAAAACUAAGUACAAGCAAAGCGAGGGGUUGUAAAAGUGGAAUCCUCAGUGUCAGGCAAAUCCAAGCUGAACAUACUAAUAACAAUAGUACCUUCAAAAUAUUGACACAACAAUGAACGCUGAAAGAUUUAUUAACAUAGGAAAAAACAACUCAAAUUGAGUAAAAAUAUUUUUACUGCUCAAAAACAGUGGAGUAUAAUUAUACCAUCAGAGCUCCGUGGCCUCAAUAGGGUCCUGUUUUGAUAUUAAGGUUCCUUGAUCCAAAUGAAGCCAAGGGGCCCUUUUUCUUAGCUACACCACUGAGCACCUUCAUUCUAAAAUUCAUUUAAAAACGUUAUAUAAAUUAAAAAUAAUCUGUCUUAGUUUCUGCUUUAAAUUCUCGUAACUAAGUUACUGGAUGUAUGUAUGUAUGCUUGUAUUGUUAUUUUGUUUCUUGUAAUAAAUUAUAUAAAUGAGGUUUGUUUCUAUGUUUUACAGUGUUUCUAACAGUUUUGGUUUAAAUACAUUUACAUAUUUCA